AUGCAUUUCUUUCUUUUCUUCUUUCUUUUUCUUUGCUUCAUCUUUCUUAGUUUUCUAUCCAUGUUAGAAUUCUUCCCUCUUUCUUUUAUUUUGUGCCAUUUCUUUCUUUUCUUCUUCUUUUGCUUCCUUCCUUUCUUAUUUCUCUCCAUAUUUAAUUCUCUUUUCUUUAUUCUCUCUCUCUUCUUUUUAUUUGUUUUUGUGAUACUCUCUCAUUUUUUCUUUCUUUUUCUUUUUCUUUUUGUUUCUCUCUCCUCAAUAAUGUUUAAAUUUAUUCUCUCCCUUUUAUUAUUCUCUUUUCUUUUUUAUUUUCUUGCCAUUUUUUUUCUUUUUUCUUCUUUCUUUUAUUAUUCUUCAUCUUUUUCUUUCUAUCAUAUUUUAAUUCUUCCCUCUCUUUUCUUUUUGUUCUCUCUCUCCAUUUUUCUUUUUCUUUUCUUCCUUUUAUUUUCUCUCUCCUCAUCUUUCUUUCUUUAUUCAUAUUUAUUAUUUCUCUCUCCCCUCUUUUUCUUUUGCCCUUUUUUCUUUUUCCAUUCUCUGUUCUUUAUUCUUCCCUCUCCCCCUUCUUUUUUCUUUUUUUAUAUUCUUUUCUUUUCUUUUCUCUUCUCUUCUUUCUUUCUUUUAUAUUCUCUUUUCUUUUAUUUUCUCUCUCCAUAUUUUUCUUCUUAUAUUCUCUUUUCUUUUUUAUUCUCUCUCCCAUUUUUUCUUUUUUCUUCUUUCUCUUCAUCUUUUAUUAGUUUCUUUCCAUUAUUAAUUUUUUUUUUUUCUUUUUUCUUUUGUUUUGUAUUCUCUCUCCCCUCAAUUUUUUUCUCUUUUUCUUUUAUUCUUCUUUUUCUUCUCCUCAUUUUUUUUUUUUUUAUUCUCUUUUCAUUUUGUUUUCUCUCUCCUCAAUAA